ACCAGGAACUUCCGCCGUGAACCGAAACCAUUCGUCGAGUCCUCUCCUCCGCUUCGCGCUCACCGGUGUCCAACAUGCUGGAAAGUGGAAACGCCAAGUCCUCCUCCAUGUUCGACUCCGACCAUCGCCACCACCACCACUGGAGAGAUAGACUGGGUUCGGCGAUGAUGUCCACCAUCAAUGGCCGCUUUGUCGGCCCCGGCGCGGGAGUCGACCCCGGAACCGGCGGCAAGAGGACGAUCGAGGACGAGCUCUCCGUCCCGAUCCUCCUCGCCGAGCGGGUCCGCAAGGCCGUCGGCGAGGCCGAGUCCUUCAAGACCGAGUGCGCCGAGAUGGGCCGCCAGGCCGACCUCCUCGCAGACAUGCUCCGUGCCGUCGUCCGCCGCCUCUCCGCCAUGACCACCCCCUACGAGCGUCCCGCCCUCCGCAUCGCCGGCGAGGCCUACAAGGCCCUCGACCGCGCCCUCUCCCUCGCACGCCGCUGCCGCCGCUCCGGGGUCCUCUGCCGCGUCGUCUCCAUCACCACCGGCUCCGCCGACUUCCGCAAGACCAUCGUCCUCCUCGAAGCCUCCCUCGGCGACCUCCGCUGGCUCCUCUCCGUCUACUUCUCCUCCGACGACCCAUCCGACGGCGGCGGCGCCGCCGCCGGCGGCCUUAUCCUCAGCCUGCCGCCCAUCGCCUCCACCGACCCCAUCCUAUCCUGGGUCUGGUCCUGCAUCGCCGCCGUUCAGAUGGCCGCCCGGCCCUCCGACCGCGCCGAGGCCGCCGCCUCUCUCGCCAACCUCGCCCUCGACAGCGGCCGCAACAAGAAGAUCAUCAUCGACGAGGGCGGCGUGCCGCCCCUCCUCUCCCUCCUCCGCGACGGUGCCGUCUCUCUCGACGGCCAGAUCGCUGCCGCAACCGCCCUCACCAACCUCGCCGCCGACCGCGACCUCGUCUCCCUCAUCGUCGCGAACCUUGCCGUUCCCGUCGUCGUCCAGGUCCUCGCCGACGCCCCUAUGCGCCUCCAGGCCAGCCUCGCGGCCCUGGUCGCCCGCAUGGCCGAACACGACCCCGUCGCCCGGGAGGCGUUCGCCCAGGAGAACGCCAUCCGCCCUCUCGUCUCCAUCCUCUCCUUCGAGGUCCCGCUGGACGACUCCUGCCUCCAUUCGAAGAAGACCAGCAGCAUCCCCUCCCUCGUCCGUAUCAAUCGCGACAUCACGUCCUCCACUUCCAAUUCUAACAAUCUGCCCGACGCCAAAGUCGUCUCGGCCUCUCGCGACCACCAUCACGCAUACUACUACUACCACCAUCACCACCGCAAGGAAUGGGGGAAGGAGAGCCCAGAGGUGAAGCUCCAGCUCAAGGUUGCGUGCGCCGAGGCCCUGUGGAUGCUCUCCCGGAACUGCGUCUCCAACAGCCGCAAGAUCGCCGAGACCAAGGGGCUGCUCUGCCUCUCCAAGCUCAUCGAGCUGGAGACCGGCGAGCUUCAGCUUAAUUGCCUGAUGACCGCGAUGGAAAUUGCCGCCGCCGCCGAGUCCGACGCCGACCUUCGUCGCUCGGCCUUCAAGAUGAACUCUUUGGCUGCCAAGUCCGUCGUGGAGCAGCUCCUGAGAGUAGCGGAUGAGGGGAGCAGCCCAUCGCUUCAGAUUCUGGCCAUCAAGUCUCUCGGUUCAUUGGCACGGAUUUUCCCAGCGCGGGAGACCCGGGUCCUGCGGCCGCUUGUGGUGCAGCUCGGGCAUGGGGAUCCAAACGUGACCGCUGAGGCGGCCGUUUCGUUGGGGAAGUUUGCCUGCCCUGAGAAUUUUCUGUGUGUGGAGCACUCCAAGGCUAUCAUGGAGUUCGAGGGGGUGCCGCGGCUGAUGAGGCUGCUGCGGCCCGGUGAGAAGACGCAGUUGCCGGGGCUGGUUCUGCUCUGUUACCUGGCAAUGCAUGUGCCCAGCAAUGAAGCUCUGGAACGUGCCAAGGCACUGGGGACUCUCGAGUCGGCCAGUCGCAGUGCGAUGGCGAACCAUGCUUCUCUGAGAGAGUUGCUUCGCCAAGCCAUUUAUCAGCUCGAGCUUUACCGUGCCGGAGGGCAUACUUGUAUACAUAUCGAGCCUGAUUCAGAGUGAGUUCUGCUGUCACCGGCCAGCUUCUAUAUCUCUUUUUUACUUCUUUUCGUUGUUCAGAUCUUGAAAGGAAUAUACCUGAUUGCUGUAGAUGAGCUUGACUCUUAGCGUUCAAUGUAUAUCAUAGAAUGUGGUGCUUGCUUUUUUUUUUUUUUUUUGCGGAUGCUGAAGGGAAUAUACAUGACUGCUAUAGAUAAGCUUGAUUCUUA